GAUGCUACUGCGACCCCUGUCUGUCACACACGGUUUGUCUCUCGGAGGAGAGAAUCGGAGAGUAGGGAUUAGGAUGAUGGUGAUAAUGAAUAUGCUGUUAUCGGCGUACUUCAUAGACCUGUCAGUGAUGCGCGGAUGAAACGAUGCAACGUGGGAAAGAAACAUUUUAAAUCGUUAUUAUUGUGUUGGCUAUUUCCACAAUUUAUUCUAAAUGGCGACCGAAUGCUCAGAACAAGCCGUCCUGGAGUUCCUAACGGAGAGAGGAGGGUUGGUCAGACAUAUGGACCUGAUUGAUCAUUUUGAAUCCGUGUGGAAAAGUGAUGGGUCAAAGAAAACACUGUUCAGUGAAAGGUUGAACCGUCACGUUGACAGCGUUGCUUUCAUAAAACUGGAGGAUGGAGUGAAAUGCGUGUGUUUGAAGGAAAACAGCACAAGCUCGGUGAAGCACACAGACCCUGGCAACGAUGGAGAGAGUAACGGCAACGGGGUGUGUGGUAGGGACCGCCCACUAUCUGAAUCUGGAGAACGGGAUGGGAGCAGCAAUGUCAGCCGAGAUGGAAACGGACAUUCUAGUGAUAAAUGUGAUCCACCUGAAAAACACUCAAAUGCACCCGAAGCCCUAUCUUGGCUUGAUAAUGGCAUGGAAUCAAACGGUGAUCUUCAUCAUCCAUGCUGCCUAGAGGAAGGUAAAGUUAGUGAUGUUACCUCAGGUGGAGUCACAGAGGUGAAGCUUAGAGAAGUUAGUGAUGAUACCUUCUCAGGUGGAGAGGUGAAGCUAAGAGAAGUUAGUGAUGAUACCUUCUCAGGUGGAGAGGUGAAGCUAAGAGAAGUUAGUGAUGAUACCUUCUCAGGUGGAGAGGUGAAGCUAAGAGAAGUUAGUGAUGAUACCUUCUCAGGUGGAGAGGUGAAGCUAAGAGACAGGAGGAGGAGAGAGUCAGCCCCAGCACUGGGGACAGACUCAAUUGUUUUGGCUGGACAGGUGCAGGUGAGGGGAAGUAGGAGGACCUCCCGGGGCUCCCAGAAGGCUCUGCUGACCAGCGCUCUGUCAGAGGACGGUGGGUGGGAGGGACUGGAUGGAGACUGGAACACCCCCAAGAGCAGCCGCAGGAACUUCAUAGAGCUGAUGAUGAGCAGUUCCCCACAGGUACGUCGGUCUCUGAUCAACCGCGGCUCUCGUCUCAGAGACUCUGUCAGGAGCGACGGUGACUCCACCUCUCUCCUGUCGUCUGCAGACGGGGACUGUGUCUCAGUGGCCCUGGACCCCCUGGAGCACGAGUGGAUGCUGUGUGCCUCGGACGGCCAGUGGGACAGUCUGUAUCCGCUGCUAAUCCUGGACCCCAGCCUGCUGACCAAGAGGGACUUUGUGACGGGCUUCUCCUGCCUCCACUGGGCUGCCAAGCAGGGCAACGAGGAGCUGUUGACACAGCUACUGGAGCAUGCCAAGCAGAACAAUGUCCCUGUGGAUGUUAAUGUACGCUCUAGUGCUGGGUACACUCCCCUUCACCUGGCUGCUAUGCAUGGACACACACAGGUGGUGCAUGUGCUGGUAGACCAGUGGUCUGUAGACCCAGAGGCCAGAGACUACAGCGGGAGGAGAGCUGGCCAGUACCUUCCCCCUGGAGCCCCCUCUACUGCAGCCCUGGAGCCAGGGGGUGGGACCAGCCCUGUAGGAGGAGGAGAAUCAGACACGGAGAACGCAGACAGUGGGGCACAAGGGCGGUGGAGAUUACCCAGAGUUCUCCAGUCCAACCUGAACCCACUGAGGCUGCUGAACGGAUCAGGGGAGGGGGGAGAGGUGAGGGGAGGGGGGGCAGGAAGGAGCAAGGCUGUUCAGAGGAAGUCAUCUCUGAGUCGGAUCAACGCACGGCUCCACCGGGGACGCCAUAAGACCCAGAUCAUCCACAGCACCUCCUUCAGAGGGACGGGGGAGGGAGUGGAGGAGGGAGGAAGGGGGGAGACCAGCCCAACCAGCCCCCUCAAAGGCAGACCAAUUUCCAAUCUGUUUGGAUAAGUCACUGCAGUGUUAGAAUCGCACAUGCAGUAACAGAUCAAAAGCGGCCCUAAUAACCAGCCUACUGAUUAUGAUACCAUUAUGACAUGGGAUCUAGUACUAAGGGCCCAGUUUCCACCCAACACAUAUUACAUUUAGUCGUGGACUAAAAAACAUGAGUUUGCUUUUCCAUCCAGGUGUAGGCUUAACCUGGGUCUGGGAACUGUAGGCCUACUUUCAACUUUAGAUUUGGCACCAUUUACUAGUCACUGGGAAAUUAAUCCCAGAACUAAAAUAUUGCGUAAUUUGGUCAGAUGCUCAUACCGUUUAUGUUUCUGUAAUCUGUCCACAAGAGAUUACUGAGAAAUAGAUCUGGGAUCAUUUUACUGUACGAAAAAUGUUUACUCAAUAGAUCUGAAUCCUGUGAGGAUUUAAGGUGCUGCUUACAGUAAUUACCUCUACAUAAUUCUUUAAUAUAUUUAACAUAAUUAUUUAACUUCUACAAUUAUUAUAAAGACAAGUCAAAAUAACCACUGAACACCUUCAACACGAAUCUCGAUGUAACUGCACAUGUCACUUUGGAGGUUUAACCAGAAUGAAAUAGGUGAGUCUAUAACCUAUGGAUUGUGUAGAUGUUUUACCAGCAGUAAAGUUAGAAAAACUCUGCACAUAUUAAGUUACAUUCGCUAGACUGUGAAUGGUCUAUUCCUGAAAUGGUCAGGAAUAGAAAAAGAAAGGGUCAGAACUCCUAAAAUUGAGAUGGGGGAAAAAGGAGUCCUCAUGUCAAAAAGAAAGGGUCAGAACUCCUAGAAUUGAGAUGGGGGAAAAAGGAGUCCCCAUGUCAAAAAGAAAGGGUCAGAACUCCUAGAAUUGAGAUGGGGGAAAAAGGAGUCCCCAUGUCAAAAAGAAAGGGUCAGAACUCUUAGAAUUGAGAUGGGGGAAAAAGGAGUCCCCAUGUCAAAAAGAAAGGGUCAGAACUCCUAGAAUUGAGAUGGGGGGAAAAGGAGUCCCCAUGUCAAAAUGAAAGAAAACGUAAUCACUUGGUUUUCUUUACAGCAGAUCAAAUCCAUAUAGGCAGAACUGUAGCCAAUGAGUAGGACAUACUGUACAUCUAUGGCCCAUUCCACAGACCCUGCUCUACAAACAGUCAUUCAUUCAAUCACGUUUUUUACUUGUUCAUGAAUUUACCAUAGAAUAAAUACAUGUUUUCAUUCUGUGGAACAAAUGUCCCUGAAUAUUUUUACCUAUAUUUUCUCACAAUAAAUGACUGUUAAUAUUUCAAAUGUUUUUGGACAUACCCUCAAAUUCUCCAACAUGAUCAUCGUAGUGUUGAGCUGAAGUUCCUCACUCAUAUGUUGCAGUUUAGAUGUCGUCAUUGUCCUUGUAUACUAUAGAUAAAUACUGCAUAUUGUACAGACCAGUCUGACUGCUGGGAACCUGAUGUCACUUUUCCUAAUGUGGGAUGAAUGCAAAGAUGCUGUGCACUGCCUGUCUAUCUGUGUCUGUCUAUGUGUUUUCUUGGUCUGUCUGUCUGUCUGUCUGUCUGUCUGUCUGUCUGUCUGUCUGUCUGUCUGUCUGUCUGUCUGUCUGUCUGUCUGUCUGUCUGUCUGUCUGUCUGUCUGUCUGUCUGUCUGUCUGUCUGUCUGUCUGUCUGUCUGUCUGUCUGUCUGUCUGUCUGUCUGUCUGUCUGAUUCCACUCCAGUUUUGAGCCAUUGUAUAUGUAUUAUAUACUUGAAUGUUUCUCCUCUCUUCCCAGAUUCCUUUCAUAGUGCCCCUUCUUUUCACUUUGAAUCUUAUUGGGGAAA